GUGCUCACGCGGCUCAGCGAAGACGUCAAGAAGACGAUCCUGCUCUGCCAGCUGCACGAGCCGUCCAACGCACCAGCGAACGCGCUCGUCAUUACGACGCCCGUCGUGACGUUGGCUCUCUCGGAGGUCAUGUUUCGGUACUGGCCCGCGCUUGCGUCGGCGGAAACGGCGCCAACGACGUACGCCAUGCGUCCGGCGACGACGAUUCCCAAGCGGAAGCGUCGCUAG